AAUGAUCUCCCAGUACCGAGAUUUAAAUCUCCCUCCCCAGCUGGGACCCGCCCACUUCACUUCUCGGCGCCUCUCAUUCGCUGCCCGCAGCCAAUUUGCAUUGACGUCAGUAAAGGCUGGAGGUCAAGCUCUGCUCUCGCUUUAUUGGAUGUGCCUCUGUCAAAGCGGCGCUGAAGAAUUAGAAGGGUGAAAAAAAUCUGGCGCGGGAGGGAGGGCAGAGACGUGGGAAGAGAGGAAAGGUGCAUUGGGAGAGGGGAAGCCUGGGCUCGGAGCUGCGGCAACACUGCGGGCUGGAAGGCAAAGGAGAGCCGGGCUGCGCAUACAAUCACUGCAUUCAAUCACCAGCUCGCCAUAUUCAUUGGUAGGGGAGCCCCGGUGUGACUCCGGCAUCUGUGUCCCUCGGUUCCCGGGCAAGCGGCUCCCAUCCGGCGCGGCACAUGUUUUCCGUGUAAUCCCGCGUAUGGGGUCGGCAUCUCGGCUAUGUGCCCCCUGUUAAAGCUGCAGCUUUUUCCCUGCGAUCUUCUGGGGCUCGGGGAGGGGGAAUCUUCCUGUUGCCAAGAGGAGCGGGUGUGCGAAUGUAAAUAAGCCUCUUCCUCCUCCUCCUCCUCCUCCUCCGCUGCUGCUGCUGCUGGAUGAUAAUGAUGGUGAUGAGGAGGAGUCACAGGGUCCCUACGAACACUUUGUAGCUCCGGAGGGGGACACUGUGCAAGAUCUGUGCCUUUAUUGCGCCCUCCUCUAUUCACGUGCCAAGCCCCCCAUCUCCGGCAUUUGGAAGGAUCCCAUGAAACCCCCGAUCUGCCACUUGUGGCCGGGGAAGGCUGAGCGCUGACUGCACAGGGCGUGGAAGGGAAGCCAAACAGCUCGCUGCAUCCCCUGCCCUCCUAUGCGAUUAGUAGCAGCAGCCUUUCCCAGCAGUCGAUGUUGCCAUGCUGAUGGUGCGCGGAGUCGAUCGCACGAGGCAGUCGGUAAGGAGGGGAGCGAUUCCGAUGCCCCAGUCAUCUGGGAGCUAAUGCAGAAGGAGCCCAUCAUCCUCUGAAGGAACACCGUUUCUCCCCCAGGAUCUCUUCCCAUAUUUCUGGUGGCAGAAUGCGAGCAUGACAUGCCGGAGAGUGACAGGGAAUCGCCGCCUGCACGACACAACUCGUCCCCAUUAGGAGGAGACUGAAGCUCCAGCAGCAGCAGCAGCACCGCGUCUGGGGAAUUGGCAUAAGCAUGGGCUGUGCUCCGAGCAUCCACAUCUCUGACAGCAGGGUGGUGUAUCAAAGCGGCAAAGACUCCGACGAUUCCAACUCCCCGCACCAGACCAACACACUGGCUCAGCAAGGCAACUCCGUGUCUGGAUUAUUCAUUAAAUCCUCUCACACAUCCACUUAUAAGGUGAGGGCUAAUUCCUGUAGGAAGGGCACGAGGCAGGAGAACAGCUCGAACAUGGAGGCAGAGAUAAACAGCAGCACAUCCACCAAUGUAAAGGCAGCUGUAAGAGAAGUGCAGUUUGGUCCAAUGAAACUCCGCCAAGAUCAACUUCAGGUACUUUUAGUAUUUGCCAAAGAAGAUAGCCAGAGUAAUGGAUUCUGUUGGGCGUGUGAAAAAGCAGGAUUUAAGUGUAACAUCGCCAGGACGCCGGAAACUGCAUUGGAAAGCUUUUUAGAUAAACACCAUGAAAUUAUCAUUAUUGAUCAUAGGCAUUCACGAUAUUUUGAUGCAGAAGCUCUAUGCAGGUCCAUCAGAGCUACAAAACCCUCAGAAAACACUGUCAUAGUUGCUGUAGUUAGAAGACAAAGUGAUCGGGAUGAAGCAUCUAUAAUGCCUCUAAUAUCUGCUGGAUUUACCAGGAGAUAUGUAGAAAACUCCAAUAUUAUGGCCUGUUACAAUGAGCUGAUCCAGUUAGAAUUUGGAGAAGUACUUGCACAAUUUAAACUAAGGGCUUGUAAUUCGCUAUUUACUACAUUAGAGAAAAGUCAAGAAGCCAUUGAAAUCACAAGUGAGGAUCAUAUAAUACAGUAUGUGAAUCCUGCUUUUGAAAGCACGAUGGGUUAUCAGAAGGACGAAUUAAUUGGGAAGGAAUUAACUGAAGUGCCUAUUAAUGAAAAAAAAUCUGAUUUCUUAGAUACCAUUAAUUGUUGCAUCAAAACAGGAAAGGAAUGGGAAGGUAUUUACUAUGCCAAAAAUAAAAAUGGUGACAAUAUCCAGCAAAAUGUGAAGAUCAUUCCUGUUUUUGGACAUCGGGGUAAAAUCCGACACUAUGUGUCUAUAAGCCGUCCAUGCAGUGACAACAACAAGGCAGAAAAACAAUGUCAGAGAGUUCAGGCCGAAUCGCAAACAGAUAUCCAGACCUGUAGACACAAGGACAGGCGGAAAGGUUCCUUAGACGUCAGAUCAACCACCUCCAGGGGAAGUGAUGGUAGUUCACAGAGGCGGCAUUCUUCUAUGGCCAGAAUACAUUCUAUGACCAUUGAAGCCCCUAUUACAAAGGUAAUAAAUAUAAUAAAUGCUGCCCAAGAAAGCAGCCCUACACCUGUGGCAGAAGCAUUAGAUCGAGUUCUGGAAAUUCUGAGGACCACAGAACUAUACUCUCCGCAGCUGGGGACAAAGGAUGAAGACCCUCAUACCAAUGACCUGGUCGGAGGUUUGAUGACAGAUGGUUUACGAAGACUGUCAGGAAAUGAGUAUAUCUUAUCUGCAAAACAGGUACAUCCUGUCAGCAGCCAUAUGGUCUUAGCUCUUUCUCUAAGCGAUAUCCCACCUCGGAUAACACAGGCAAUGGAGAAUGAAGAAGACUGGGAGUUUGAUAUCUUUGAAUUAGAGGCUGCUACACAUAAAAGGCCCUUAGUUUAUCUUGGACUUAAAACGUUUGCUCGGUUUGGCGUUUGUCAGUUUCUCAACUGCUCAGAAGCUACUUUGAGGUCUUGGCUACAUGUUAUCGAGUCAAAUUACCAUUCAAGCAAUGCCUAUCAUAAUUCAACGCAUUCUGCUGAUGUCUUACAUGCCACUGCUUAUUUCCUCUGCAAAGAAAGGGUGAAGGAAAGCUUGGAUCAGAUUGAUGAAGUUGCUGCUCUCAUCGCUGCCACAGUCCAUGAUGUGGAUCACCCUGGUCGAACCAACUCAUUCCUUUGUAAUGCGGGAAGUGAGCUGGCAAUUCUUUACAACGACACCGCAGUGUUAGAAAGCCACCAUGCAGCCCUAGCCUUCCAGCUCACCACUAGAGAUGACAAGUGCAAUAUAUUCAAAAACAUGGAGAGGAAUGAAUACCGUACUUUGCGGCAAGCAAUCAUAGACAUGGUCUUAGCAACUGAAAUGACGAAGCACUUUGAGCAUGUAAACAAGUUUGUCAACAGCAUCAAUAAACCAUUGGCAGCAGUGGAGGAGAAUGGGGGCAUUCUUGAGGAAGACGAGGCUGUUAAAAACAUACUGACAUCUCCAGAAAACCGGAUUCUCAUUAAAAGAAUGCUUAUUAAGUGCGCAGACAUUUCCAAUCCGUGUCGGGCACUCCAGCAGUGCAUUGAGUGGGCUGGCCGGAUAUCAGAAGAAUAUUUUGCACAAACGGAUGAGGAGAAGAGAAAGGGUUUGCCUGUGGUGAUGCCAGUGUUUGACAGAAACACAUGUAGCAUUCCUAAAUCCCAGAUCUCCUUUGUUGAUUAUUUCAUCACUGAUAUGUUUGAUGCCUGGGAUGCAUUUGCUGAUUUGCCCAACCUGAUGCAGCAUCUGGAUAAUAACUUUAAAUAUUGGAAAUCACUAGACGAGAGACAGCUAAAGACUCUUCGACCGCCCCCUGAAUAAUUGAAGAGGUGCAAGGUAACACAAAACAGCCAUUGAAGAUCCUUUCUCAGUUCACGAGGCUUGGGUUCCUAAUGGUUCAUUCAGUCGUUACCAGAUCCGUCUUCAGCAUCUAGCGGAACAUUCAUGUAACUAGCAUCAUCAGGUCAAACGUUACCUCCAGUACAUUGCAGAAUACUUUUUUUUUAUUUUUAAAAGAAAAAAAGUCUUGACGUAUCUUACAAGCUAAUUUACACUGGAUUGCUGCAAUAUCAGUACUGACGGGUCCUACAAAACCGUUACCUGUUUAUUUUCUUCGUACCUUGAAGAUAUCCUUGGAUAAUGGUUUUCUCCAAGAGAUUACUCAGAAAUCUACAAAAACCUCAAAUUCGCAAGUGAAGGAAAAUCUUUAUUUUGUGUCUCUCGACUCAAGGAGAACACUCUGCUUUUUUUUGAAAGCACUUAAAAAGUUAUAACAAUCAACCUAUUAAAAUGCACUCUUUAUGAAGGAGUUUUUGAUCUCUGAAAAAAAAAAAAAUAGAUCUACUCUAUUUUUUAAAAAUCACAGAAGGGGCAAUCAUUCACUUCUCCACACUACUGAUAGGGCGCCUCAAGGCUAUUUAGUAGCAGUUGUACAAAGCAAAAUAACACGAGAAUUUUGAACUUGAUCAUUAGCAUCUAUGAUUAAAAUAUGUUUUAUUUAUUUUGUUAGAUAUUCAAUAUUUUCUAUGAAUUUAUAAAAAGACAAAAGCCAAAGCCAACUUUAGAUGCAUUACAAAAUUCACACAAUUCAUAGUCAUCAAUAUACCUUAAUUGAUGUACAGACCUUUUAUUUUCAUAAUGCAAAUAUAGAAAUACUAUUCAAUGACACAUUUGUAUUGCACUGUAAGACUUUAUGUGGAUGUUGCAGCUCUUGUUUGCUUUCUGAUUUAUGAAGUUUCUUUUGCGAUAGAGUCUCGCAGAAGAAUCCGUAGCAUUGAGCGCCACAGCAGGGAAAUUUUCAAGCUAUUUUUAAUCGGUGAUGGUCCUGUUUUGCUCUUACUUGAUUUAAACGUUUUUUUCGAGGCCAGUGGAUCUACAAGGAAUUGCUAUGCAAUGUGUUGGAAGGCCCACUAGCUCUAAUGGGAAGAGGAUGGAACCUGCCAUUCUUUAGCCCAUCUUUUGCAGUUUGGUUCCCUAUCAAAAGUCUGCCUUAUUUUAUACAAUAUUUCUACAACGCAUUCCACCACAGAGACAGAGGGGGAGGUUGAAAAUAUAUUUAAGCAUUUUUUAGGCUUCUCUAUUUUCUUUUGCAAAGGAUAUUCCUUAACUCCAGUUUGGAAAGGUAUGUACCUUCACAUGGUUAAAUAAAAACAUUCACAAUAAGCACCAGUUACAAUAAAAAUGUAUAUUUUAUGAA